UUUAGGGCCAGGCUCAGCGUGGCCGGUCACUACGCAUGCGCAGAGCCCGGUGUCCGGUGUCAGGCUGUCAGCAGCUGUUGAGACCAUGAACGGUAGGACCGAAGCAGCAGAGAAAACACACCCAGAAUAACCGACACCGACCCGGUACCGAGGCGGCACUGACCGGGCCGGACUGCAGGGAGAGCCGCUGAUCUGCAGCUGGAGCUAACGGGCUAACCGACAGCACACCGUCCGCUGUUCUCUAACGGGGCUAACGGGCUAACCGACAGGCCACUGGCUCACGUUCACCACGCUGCGCCGCACUGACCCGUUCUGACCCGGGUUAGUUUCUGGACCAUCUGAACCACCUCCAGUCGGACUGUCUCCGGGUUUCACGGCCGGUUUCUGGUGAACUUCAGCUAACGAGCUAGCUGUCAGAGUAGCCUACCGUCAGCCCAGCCGGGAUAGACCGUUGUGACCCGGUUCGGUUUGAGGACCGGGAGCCAGGAUGCUGAUAGCAGCAGUUAGUGCAGGAACCGGAAACGCUGCCGCCACCAGUAAGAAACACCGGCGGAGAGGCAAAAAACACAGGAGAGUCCGAACAGACGAGAGCCGGCCUGAUGACCUCUGUGACCUUCAGAGUCUAAAUGCCAACAGCAGCCUCCCCCCAACGCUGUCGCAGAGUUACCCCCAAACGACCCAGCUGCCCCUCCGAAAUACUCUAGAAACCAACACAUCACCAGGAAAUACGCCAACAUGUACUGAAGAUGUCCAUGAAUCCAUCACAGCACCCCGACAAACCCCCAUACACCACCUCAUUACCCACGGAAACCCCCAGAGUGUCCCCCGAACCCCUCACCACCUCCCCAGACCACCCUCAAGACCACACCACCCCUUCUAGAUACAACAGAUACCCCUGUAGCACCCCUGGUGCCUCCUGAAAGCACUUUCCAGACUGCCCCGCUGCUCCCUCUAAACACCCCCCUAACAGCACCAGUCACUCCUCGGAUUUUCAGCCAAUCACCUCCCGCCACAUCUCAAAAUCCCGCCCACAGUCCCAGCCAAUCACCGCCAACUGUUAACCAGAAUAGUUCCCAGAAUUUCUCCAGAUUGCCUCACAGAACUCUUCAAAAUGUCACUCAGCGUCUUUCUGAUGGCCAAGUAGAUCCCUUCAAAUCUCCUCCACCCUUACCACACAAUAUUACCCACAAUGCCUCUGAAUUACUGUCAGUUUCUGCACACCGUCCUUCCAAAGGUCCUCCCACCCCUCCAUUAAGCCCCUCCCACCCCGACCCCUUCCUGCUGACCUCGGUGACCUUCACCUCUAGUGUCUCCUCCCACCUCAACUCCCCAGUCUGCUCCUCUUCCGCCUCCUUCCUCUGCCCUCUCGACUCUCUGGGUCCCCCUGUUGGUUUGCUUCCCAUGAUGUCAUCAGCUCAACUGACCACACCCUCUCCAAAUUUGAGCCCGCCCCCACCGGAGUUGACUCCGCCCCCUGCACAGCUGCUGGGCUCUGACGAUGAAGAGCAGGAAGACCCGUCAGAUUACUGCAAAGGUGGUUACUACCCGGUGAAGAUCGGUGAUCUGUUUAACGGGAGGUACCAUGUGGUCAGAAAACUGGGCUGGGGACAUUUUUCUACAGUCUGGCUCUGCUGGGACCUACAGAAGAAGCGUUUUGUGGCGUUGAAGGUGGUAAAGAGCGCUCCGCAUUACACUGAGACGGCUCUGGAUGAGAUCAAACUGCUCAGAUGUGUGAGAGACAGUGACCCCUCUGAUCCCUAUAGAGAAACCAUUGUCCAGCUGAUCGACGACUUCAAGAUCUCUGGAGUCAAUGGAGUCCAUGUCUGUAUGGUUCUGGAGGUUUUGGGUCAUCAGCUGUUAAAAUGGAUCAUCAAGUCCAACUACAUGGGACUUCCUCUGAUCUGUGUCAAGACCAUUAUCAGACAGGUGCUGCAGGGUCUGGACUACCUCCACACUAAGUGUAAGAUCAUCCACACUGACAUCAAACCAGAGAACAUCUUAUUGGAUGUUGAUGAGGUUUACAUCAGGAGAUUGGCAGCUGAGGCAACCGUUUGGCAGAAAGCUGGAGCUCCUCCCCCUUCUGGGUCAUCAGUUAGCAUGGCUCCCAGGGAUCUACAGGUUGGUAAGCUGUCUAAGAACAAGAAGAAGAAGUUGAAGAGGAAAGCGAAGCGUCAACAGAGACUGCUGGAUGAGAGACUGAUGGAUAUACAGAGGAUGGAGGAGGAGGACGGUGUGAUACAACCAGAUGACACAGACAGUAACUGCUCCGUGGUUAUCAAUGGCAACACUUCCUGCUCCGCAGCCAACAGCAAAGCAAGCCCAGAGUCCACCUGCUCCUGGUUGGAGGACAGGUGUAAUGGCCACGCCCCCGGACGGUUCUCCAGCCCCGCCUCCGGACUAUCAGGGUUCUCCAGCUCUGUGAUGUCAGCGACGUCUGAGUCAGCACUUUCUACUCAGUCAGGAUACUCGAGCGGACGAGACGUGUUCAGUGCUUCAGACUUCGUCCUCAGUCCUCUGGAUCCUCUGAACGCCCACAAACUGAGAGUGAAGAUCGCUGAUCUGGGAAAUGCAUGCUGGGUGCACAAACACUUCACAGAGGACAUUCAGACCAGACAGUACCGAGCUCUGGAGGUUCUGAUUGGAGCAGAGUACGGACCACCUGCUGACAUCUGGAGCACCGCUUGCAUGGCAUUUGAGUUGGCGACGGGAGAUUACCUGUUUGAACCUCAUUCAGGAGAAGAUUACACCAGAGACGAAGAUCACAUCGCUCACAUCAUCGAGCUGCUUGGGCCGAUUCCUCUGCCCUUCGCUUUGUCUGGCAGGUACUCCAGAGAGUACUUCAACAGGAGAGGUGAGCUGCGUCACAUCUCCAGCCUGAAGCCGUGGGCUCUGUUUGAGGUUCUGUUGGAGAAGUACGAGUGGCCGCUGGACCAGGCGGCUCAGUUCAGUGACUUCCUGUUGACCAUGUUGGAGCUGCAGCCUGACCGCAGAGCGACCGCAGCGCAGUGUCUGCAGCAUGCAUGGCUGCACACAUAAACACACACACACACACACACACACACACACACACACACACACACACACACACACACACACACACACACACACACACACACACACACACACACACACACACUUUGUGGUUGAGGAGUGUUAGAAGUGUCUCACUCUGUGUUGAUUUCAUGUGUUGCAGGAAAUUAUUACUUCGACUGUCUGACAGCACUCUGCUGAUUCCUAAACUGAUCGAUCGAUCGAUCGAUUGAUUGAUUGGCUGGCAGGUGGAGUGUCUCGUUCAGGCUGAAUCCAAACGUCCAGCCUCUGAAUAUGAUCACGUUCAGUUAGCGAGGGGAUAAAAAUGCUCUGAGACUGAAAUUAUAAUCUGGAGUUAAUGAAAAUGAUGUUCAGGUCCAAACCAACAGUGUGUUAAUAUGGAGUCCCUCAGGGGUCAAUGUUUGGUCCCCUGUUCCUAAUUAACAUCAAUGAUCCACCGAAUGUUUGUAAUCUGACAUCUGAUAUUUUAUUUGACUCUUGAGUAUCUUUAACUGUCACAGAAAGCUAAAUAUGCUGUCAUUUUCAUUAAUGAACUAAAUAUAUCUAAACGCUUUAAAGUUAAAUUUUCUUAUUGUCAACAAUGUAAGUUAAUUCUGGGUCAAAUGAGCCUCUGGAGACUUAAGCCCUCUGGACUUUACAGGAACGCACACCUGUAAGUGUACAGGUGUGUAAAUGUAGGUAACAUCCAGACGUUUGGAUUCAGUCUUCGCCUCCCUGCUGACCUUUGACCUCCCACGUGUCACAUGUUGCUCUGAGGUUAUUAAACGGUCUGUUAAAGGUUCGUUCGUAAACCUUCAGUCGAGGUUUAAUUUCUGUCCUGCAGAAAUCAGCUUCUUCUGUUUCUGUUGUAACUGAUUUCUGCUGAUUUCUCUUUAAACUGUUUCUUUAUUCUUGUUUCUGUGACUUUACUGAUUCUGUUUUUGUCAGUUUCUGUUGACUUUUGCUGAGUUUAUAUUUAACUUAACGUCUUGCUGUCCCUUUAUGAAACCUUAUUGAUUAUUGAUCAGAGACUUCUAAGACUCCUGAACCUCCCUGAUGAUGAUGAUGAUGAUGAUGAUUUUUGGUUUAGACGAGCACACUGUAGCUUCCUGACAGCAGCCGACCCUCUCACUGACUCUGAUAACAGUAUUGAUCACACUGAUAACAGUAUUGAUCUGUGUAGCUCAAAGUGAAAGCGAGUCGUCCUCAGAUGACCUCUGACCUCCUCACCUGUUCACCUGCUCUCACCUGUUUCUAUGUUCAUAUAAUAAAUAGUGCCUUGAAACGACCCCCCCCCCCCCAUCACAGUGACAUCACCAGUGACAGUUUUUUUUCUACACGUGUCCGUCUGUGUGGAAUGUUUUUCUUCUUCUGUGAAAAUAAAGAUGAAUGAAAGCUC